GGGGUUGGUGCUGUUGAGAGCUGCAACCUUUUUGACAGGCUGGCCCGAAGCUCACUCAAAAUCCAUUCAUAAAUAAGACAAUUGAAGCAUAGUUAUGUUGGUUAAAUAAUUUCAGGACACAAAUGUGUUAACGUUUUUAGCGAACAAUUGCAAGAAACUCGCAGCAAAAAUAGUUUACAUCCUAGUCAGCGCAUUCGACUCGGCGAAGUGAGAGCAAAAGUGACUUCCGACUAGUGACCCCCCCUCCCUUCUGGCUAUGGUUAUGACUUUAUCUGCGUUUCACCAGGAAGCUGCUUAGUUCGUUCUAUCUUCAGAACAUUUGUCUACAGAACCUCUUGUUCGCUUUAUUCCAUCCUCUAAAAGGUAUUGUCGUUAAUGUGUAGCCAAGUCUAGUCUAAUUCCCUUUAACACAAAUUAUCCGCUGUUUUCAAUGUCUGCCGCCGCCUCCAUCUUUCCGGUUUUACUGAAAGUAAGUGAAACCGAGGACUGAAAUACCAAUGGAACGGUGAGAGUUAUGAUGGCAGCAAAAGAAGAGCUUUACACCAAAGUCACCCCGCGGAGGCAGCGCCAGAAUCGAACGGGCACUGUAAAACAUGGGUCAAGUCUGGACGUGCUGCUGUCCAUGGGAUUCCCCAAGACCAGGGCGCUAAAAGCUCUGGUGUCUACGGGAGGCAGAAAUGUGCAGGCGGCCUGUGAUUGGUUGUUCUCUCAUGUGGACGACCCAUUUCUGGACGACCCUCUCCCCAGGGAGUAUGUGUUAUACCUGCGCCCCAGCGGCCCCCUGCUCCACCAGCUCAGCACUUUCUGGCAGCAGUCACGGGUCACCUGCGGCAAGAACAAGGCCCACAACAUCUUCCCUCACAUCACCCUCUGCCAGUUCUUCAUGUGUGCGGACGGUAAGGUGGAGGCACUGAGUGAGGCCCUACAGGCUACAGUGGGGUCAUGGAGGGGUCGUUUCCCUAACCCUCUCCCCCUUGAGCUCUACACCUCCUCCAACUUCAUAGGCCUCUUUGUGGAGGAGCAGGUGGCAGAAGUGCUCAAGGACUUUGCCGCUGACUUCGCUACGGAGGCGGCUACUAAAGCAGAUGUGCACGUGGAGCCCCAUAAGAAGCAGCUCCAUGUGACCCUGGCCUACCACUUCCAGGCCAAUCACCUGGCUGCCUUGGAGAAGCUGGCCAAGGGAGUGGACGUGUCGCUGGGCUGUGAUUGGCUGGCCGUGCUCUUCUCCCGGGACAUCCGAUUCGCCAACCACGAGACACUGCGUGUGAUGUACCCAUACGUGCCCCAGAACGAGGACGAGCUGGAGCUCGCGCCUGGCGACUUUAUUUUCAUGACCCCCGUGGAGCAGGGUAGUGCCAGCGAGGGCUGGGUCUAUGGCACCUCUCUGGGCACUGGGCUACCUGGACUGCUGCCUGAGAACUAUGUCAGGCGGGCAGAUGAGUGUGACACCUGGGUCUUCCAUGGAUCUCACUCUUUCAGCAACCCAGCCUCCCCGUCCAACGCUGGGGGUGCAGUGGGUGGCCUGUUAUUUGAUGGACAGCUGGACGGACGUUUUCUUGACGACCCUGGAGAUCCAUCCAGCCUCACGGUCCUCUGUCCACCUGUCCAGGUAAUGCUGAGUCCCACCACUCAGUCAUGUCUUCCCAAGAGGAGUCUGUUUGUGUGUCGCCAUGGUGAGAGGAUGGAUGUAGUGUUUGGGAAACACUGGAUCACUCAGUGCUUUGAUGCUAAAGGCCGAUAUGUUCGCUCCAACCUCAACAUGCCGUCUAGUUUGCCAACGAGAAGUGGAGGCUUCCGAGACUACGACAAAGACUGUCCAAUCACAGUUUUCGGCUCCACUCAGGCCCGCCUUGUGGGUGAAGCCCUGUUGGAGAGCCACGCGGUGAUAGAUUUUGUGUACUGUUCUCCCUCGCUGCGCUGUGUCCAGACUGCCCACAACAUCCUCAGAGGCCUGCAGCAGGAGGGGAAGACUAAGAUCCGUAUAGAGCCCGGUCUGUUUGAGUGGACCAAGUGGGUGUCUGGCACCUCUCUCCCUGCCUGGAUCCCUCCCACUGACAUGGCUGCUGCUAGCCUGAGUGUGGACACAACCUACAGACCUCAUAUUCCCAUCAGCAAGCUUGGCGUGUCAGAGUCCUAUGACACCUACAUCAGCCGGAGCCUCCAGGUCACCAGGGAGAUUCUGACAGAGUGCAAAAACCUGGGAAACACUGUGCUGAUCGUGGCCCAUGCUUCCUCCCUGGAGGCAUGUACUCGCCAGAUGCAGGGCCUCAGCCCACAAAACGCCAAGGACUUUGUACAAGUGGUCAGGAAGAUUCCUUACCUAGGUUUCUGUGCGGCUGAGGAGAUGGGGGAGACAGGGGUGUGGCAGCUGGUGGACCCGCCCAUCCUUCCAUUAACGCACGGGCCCAAUCACAGCUUCAAUUGGAGGGAGACGCUACAGCAGGACUGAGGAAUUCCUGCCCCGACCCACCUCCCAGCAGCCCAGAGAGACACUGCUGAGCUAAGACGGAUGCAGCCAACGCAAGCGCAAAGCAAACAUUUCCUCUGCUAUCUAACUAGCGUGGUAAACGUACACACACACACCGCUAUCAAAACCAGACCAAAAAUGCCCCGCCUUCCAUCGCAUAUGCUGUGUAAACACACUCAUUGAAUCAGUCUAUAUACACUGAGGGUACAAAACAUUAGGAAUGCCUUCCUAAUAUUGAGAUGCUGGCCCAUGUUGAUUCCUA